GCCAGUUCAUUCCGCUAUCGAUAAAUGUUUAUCUUUUAAAUGUUUAAGAAGUAUUCAGUUUUGUAUAAUUUGCAGAAUUAUUAAAAACAUAAGGCACGAUGAAUUUGAUAACUGCAAUAAAAUUGUACAUUGAAAAAAUGUGCAAUGAAUCAGGACCCGGGAUGAAAAUAAUAUUGCUAGAUAAAGAGACGACUAGCAUAAUAUCGAUGGCGUUUAGCCAGUCGGAUAUGCUCCAACGUGAGGUGUACUUAUUUGAACGUCUCGACUCUGGUCGUUCAAAUGAAAGAUUAAAGCAUUUAAAAUGCAUUGUUUUCAUACGCCCUACUAAGCAAAAUGUGCAGCUGUUAGCUGAUGAAUUGAGGAAUCCCAAAUAUGGCUCCUAUUUUAUAUAUUUUAGUAACAUCAUUCCACGCACCGAUAUAAAGUAUUUGGCCGAAUGUGAUGAGAGUGAGUCUGUGCGCGAAGUAAAGGAAAUCUAUGCUGAUUAUCUCUGCGUAAAUCCAAAUUUGUAUUCGUUGAACAUUUAUCACUGCAUGAAUCGUUUAAAUUGGCUUCCGGAUGCACUUACACGUACUGUGCAAGGCUUAACAUCUGUUUUACUUUCACUUAAACUUAAUCCGAUAAUACGUUAUAGAGCUGGUUCUCAAGUAUCGCAGUUGCUGGCAAAACAAGUAUAUGAUCAAAUUACAAAGGAAUCAUCAUUAUUUGAUUAUCACACGUAUGAAAAUGGCGCUGCGCCACCUUUGUUACUGAUACUUGAUAGAAGAGAUGAUCCUGUUACUCCAUUAUUACAUCAAUGGACAUAUCAAGCCAUGGUUCAUGAACUUUUGACCAUUCGAAAUAAUAGAGUAGACCUAUCUGGAACACCAAAUGUGCCAAAAGACCUAAAAGAGUUGGUAUUGUCCGGAGACCAAGAUGAGUUUUAUGCAAAGAAUAUGUAUGCUAAUUUUGGAGAAAUUGGUUCCACAAUUAAAAAUUUGAUGGAGGAGUUUCAACGCAAAGCAAAAGAUCAAAAAAGAGUUGAAAGCAUUGCAGAUAUGAAAAAUUUUAUUGAAACAUAUCCUCAAUUUAAAAAAAUGUCAGGAACUGUACAAAAGCAUCUUUGUGUAAUGGGUGAACUUUCAGCGCUGACAACAAAAAGAAAUCUUUUUGAAGUAUCAGAGCUAGAGCAAGAGAUGGCGUGUAAAGCAGAGCACUCAGCCCAAUUACAACGUAUUAAGAAAAUUAUUUCUGAUGAACGCAUUUCUAAUGAAGAUGCAGUUAAACUCGUCGCUCUCUAUGCCUUGAGAUAUGAACGUCACGCCAAUUGUGAUACCUCUGGGUUACUGCAAAUAAUCAAAAAUCGUGGCGCAAAAACUUUUAUUGUUCCUAGCCUGCUUGAAUAUGCUGGAACACAUAUACGACAAGGAGAACUCUUUAAUAUUGUACGCAUAACAGACGCUGUUAAAUUAACACGCAAUUUAAUAAAGGGUUUGAAAGGCGUUGAAAAUGUUUUUACCCAACAUUCCCCCUUACUAAAGGAAACAUUAGAAGAUGUUUUUAAAGGACGUGAGCUGGAUCCACAAUAUCCUGCAAUAAACUCUGAACUUGUCCCUUUCCGUCGUCCGCCGCAAGAAGUCGUAGUCUUCAUAAUUGGAGGAGCUACAUACGAGGAAGCACUUACUGUACAUCAAAUGAACAAUUCUGGCUAUAAAGUCAUACUUGGUGGUACAACGAUACACAAUUCCAAAAGUUUCAUUGAUGAAGUUAUUAGUGCAACGGAGGGGCUGCAAUUUAAACAUACCAAAUCUAUGUUAAAAUAUUGUUCUAGUGAAAAUUUCUAAUUACUUAUUUAUCAUCUACUAUGUCAAGCAUAUAUAUUGGCUUAUAUAUCUAAAAACUAUCAAGUGUAUAUUUAUAUUUAUUAUA